GGGAAAGAAAAGGAGAAACCGUCCCCUGUCAGAAGUAUGCGGGGCUCGUCCUCUCAGACCUUACGUCAGCCCGGACUCUUUAUCAGGCUGUCAGCCCCGGUCAGGACGCAGACAGAGGUGAAUGAGGAUGACUGCGACGGGACGAGGAUGUAGCUCACCUGCGGAGAGCGGCGUGUCGCGCGUUUAAAACGGGACUAAUUCUGGAUUCAAUGCAUUUGCAGUUCCGCACCAGUGAUGAGUUGGCUCCUGUUGUGGAUUCUAACUGCAGCCGGGAUUCAACAGGCCUACUCCCAGAAUUCCACUGCCAUGCCGCCUGCCAUAGCCUUCACAUCCCCAGCUGUGGACCAGUACAACCGCACGCAGUACUGCAAGUGGCCCUGCGAGUGCCCCAAGGUCACCCCUGUCUGUCCGCCGGGCGUGAGCCUCCUCAUGGACGGCUGUGACUGCUGCAAGACUUGCGCACGGCAGGUGGGCGAGGUGUGCAACGAGGCAGACACAUGUGACUAUCACAAGGGACUGUACUGUGACUACAGCUUGGACAAGCCUAGGUACGAAAAAGGAGUGUGUGCAUAUAUGGUGGGUACAGGCUGCGAGCAUGAUGGUGUGAUCUACCGCAACGGGCAGAGCUUCAAGCCCAGCUGUAAAUACCAGUGUGUGUGUGUGAACGGUGCCAUUGGCUGCGUGGCACUGUGUACCGAGUCCCAGCCUCCGCGGGUGUGGUGCCAAACCCCACGGCGGGUCAAAGUCAAGGGACAAUGCUGUGAGCGAUGGAUCUGUGAUGAACCCAAAAGAGGGCGCAAGACGGCGCCACGACAUGCAGUAGAGGCCCUCCCAGCUGAGACCAGGAGCUGGCACAAGAACUGCAUCACCCAGACUACCUCAUGGAGCCCCUGCUCAAAGACCUGUGGCCGUGGCCUGUCCCUGAGGAUCUCCAAUGCCAACGAGCAGUGUGAACUGGUCAAAGAGUCACGCCUUUGCAACCUGCGGCCCUGUGAGGUCGACAUCACCAAACACAUCAAGCCGGGAAAGAAAUGUCUGAACAUCUACAGGGAAGAACUGCCCUCAAACCUCACCAUCUCUGGCUGCACCAGCAGGAAGCAGUACAGGCCCAAAUACUGCGGCGUCUGCACAGACGAGCGCUGCUGCAUCCCCUACAAAUCCAAAACUAUUGACGUGGAGUUCGAAUGCCCCAACGGGACAGGAUUCACCUGGAAGAUGCUGUGGGUCCAAGCCUGCUUCUGCAAUCUCAGCUGCAAAAACCCAAACGACAUCUUCGCCGAUCUGGAGAGUUACUAUGGUUACCCAGAAGUAGUGAACUAACAGGUGCCAAUUGAAUCAAAUUUAAAAAAACAUUUUCAAUGUAAUAUUUCAUAUUUGUGAUGUGUAUGUACAAGGGAUUUUCUAUGGUCUUUUUUUCCUAUUGGAAAAAUCUGUAAAUAUGAAAUAUAUAUGUGUCUCCAGAUUGGAUUCAUAAAGCAUGGUGUGCUUUUGAAGAAUAUUUGAAGAACUGCUUUGCAAAUGAAAAAAAAAAAAACAGCCAGUGAGUGUGUGAAACAUUGAGGGCUUAAUUUAUUCAUAGUGUUUUGUGACUACAUAUGUAAUGUUCUUGAGAUGCUUUCGAGAGCAGUCAACAUUGUCUGUCUUUAAACUCACAUGUUAAAUAAUAAGGCUUUAUUGUAGAUAUUUUCCUUCAUAUUUUAUAAUAUUUACUUUAUAAUAAAUGUUAAAAGGACAAAAAUGGACUGGGAUGCCAAAGCCUUAUUCUAGGACCAUGUGUCCAAAUAUGCAAUAAUGACAGGGUCAAGGAAGAUCAGUUACAAGUUUUUUUAUUGUCAUUUUUUUAAUAAAUACAAACUGUUAUGUCAUUUUAAUGCUUUUCUACAGCAUUAGACGGUUGUGCAUCGCAUCUUUACAAAGCUGUGUAUGUGUCCUACAAAGCAAAAAUGUUGCUGUAGUGCAAGUAAAAUACAGGAGUAGAAGGUGUCGGGUAAGUUCUAUGGCUAUCCUCGUGUUAACAUGUGGACCUAUCACUUCACUCACCCAAAAAAAUCCACAACCACAUAGGAGCAUCAUGUCUAAAAAAAAACAAAAGAAACUCCAUGGCACAUCUUUGUUCCAUUGUGCUUGAUUGCAUAGAAAUCAUCAUUAAAAAAAAGAAAAAAAAAGUCUGAAGCCAUGAUCCAUUAAUAAAGCAUACAAUGUAAAA